GCUAUUUUCUCGAAGAAAAUGGAAACCCCUUCAAGCUUUUUCUCUCUUAGAUCAUUCUAGUCACCAAACCCUUUUAUACUCACAUAUAUUUGCCCUUUAUUUGUCUCCUCUUCCUCCACCAUCUCCUCUCUCUCUCUCUCUCUCACCUUGCUCUAUAGAACUCCAUGAAUCCAUUCUACAGUUGCCAAAUCUCCCAAUUCUCCCCUCAUGUUGAAAACCAACAUGAAAGCCACAUACCGUUUCUCUCUCUAGGAACUAGCACCACUUCCAUCUCUUCAUAUCCAUUUUUCUUACAUAACCAAAAACAUCAUGUAGCCCAUGAUCAUGGAGGCCUCCCUCAUCACCAAGCUCAACUACAAGAACAGUAUGUUCCAGAAGAAGAUCAACGACAAGGACCAGUUAAAUGGAUGUCUUCCAAGAUGAGGAUCAUGAAAAAAAUGAUGAAUUCGGACCAAGCACAAAAAUCUAGAACCAGAAGAAACAAUCAUCAAAACCCGGAUCAAAAACAAGCAAAACAAGAGAGCAUAAUUCGAGUUUGCUCAGAUUGCAGCACGACCAAAACCCCACUAUGGAGGAGUGGACCUCAUGGCCCAAAGUCUCUGUGUAAUGCCUGCGGAAUAAGGCAAAGGAAGGCAAGGAGAGCAAUGGCUGCUUCUGCUAUGAGUGGUGGUAUGACAGUAAUUAAAGAUGGAAAGGAUAAGGUAUCAGAUUUUGUCGACCAAACGGUCCCUUUUAAGAAGCGGUGUAGGUUUUCUGCUACUGCUUCUGAGGCUGCACAGAGAAAGCUUGGCUUUGAUGAUAUUGUUGUAAGUUUAAACAACAGUUCAGCUAAUUUACAGAGAGUCUUUCCUCAGGAUGAGAAGGAUGCAGCUAUUUUGUUAAUGGCUUUAUCUUGUGGUCUUCUUUGAAGUUAUAGAUGAUUAAUUCUUUUGUUUGAACAAUUUGGUUGGUAUAUGCUUGUUUGAUUAUAUCAAGAGUUUGUGGAGAUGAAAUGAA